UAAGGAGAACAAUGUCGAGCUCCUCCUCAAGUCAUUCCAAUUUCCCGACUUCCAUAUAAAAAGCUCCCCCUCUCAUCCUACCAUGUCUCUCUCUCUCCUCUUCUCUCAAUAUGUACCAGCGAUCAAAUUUUUGAACCUUUUGAACAGCCGUUCAUUUCAACGUUUUUUAUUUUAUUUUUAUUGCAACCCUUUUUACCUUCUCUUUUGAUUAUCGUAAUAAUCUUCCGAUUAUAAGAUGGCAACCGAUCAACAUGAUGCUUCAAUUUCUAUUGAAGGCAGCACAAGUGUAGGUGGAGAUUCUUUUUCAACUGGGGGUGAUAAUAUGGAAGGUAGUUCUAAUCUUGAAGCAAAGAGUGAUGGUAAUCUGCUUAUAGAUAAACUACCGAGUGAGAAACAUAUUUAUAGACAAGAUAUUGUGAGGCGUAUUGAUGGGAGUAUGAUUGGGGUUGUGACUGAAGUAGCGGGUGAUUCAGACUCAGAAAGUGAUAUCAGUGAUGAUGAGGAUGACUCGGAUGAAGAGGGAGGCGAGGAGGAGGGGCAAGAAGGGGAGGGAAAGGAGGAGGAUGGUAAUGUUGAGAAUGGUGGAGAUAGUGAGGAUGGUAAUGAGAGCAGUGAUGAUGAUAGAAGUGCUGGUAAUAAUAAAAGAGACCCACUUACUGCAGACCAGGUCCGUGUGCUGUGGAUGGAUGACUCAGAGAAUAUGCAUCAUCGGAAUGAACUGACAGUUGUAGAUAGGGGUUUCUUACAUGGGGAUUAUGUAGCCUCUGCCUUAGACCCCACUGGGCAAGUAGGCCUAGUGGUGGAUGUAAAUAUAAUUGUUGAUUUACUAUCUGCUGAUGGAACUGUUGUGAAAGAUGUGUCUGCCAGGGAUUUGAAGCGUGUGAGGGAUAUUGUUGUUGGUGACUACGUAGUUUCUGGUCCAUGGCUUGGUAGAGUUGACGAUGUUCUUGAUAAUGUGACUGUUUUAUUUAACGAUGGUGCUAUCUGUAAAAUAUCAGGGGCUGAGCCAUUGCAGCUUAGACCAAUUGCAAAGAACUUGCUUGAGGAUGGGCACUGUCCAUAUCAUCCUGGCCAGCGAGUUAGGGCAAGCUCCUCCUCAGUUUUCAAGAAUGCUCGGUGGUUAUCUGGAGCAUGGAAAGCAAGCCGGCUUGAGGGAACUGUCAUAAAGAUCACAGUUGGAUCAGUAUAUGUUCAUUGGAUAGCUUCUGCUGGUUAUGGACCUGAUUCUUCCACUUCUCCAGCAGAAGAGCAGUAUCCGAAGAACUUAAAAUUGCUAUCUUGUUUUACUCAUGCUAAUUGGCAGCUGGGUGACUGGUGUUUUCAUCCAACCUUUACAUUGUCUUCCUCUAUUCCUUUGGAUAAAGGUUUAUCCAAGUUGCGACUUCAUGAAUCUGAAUCUGGUCACAUAGAGUGUGAUGUAGAUGACGUUAUACCAGAGGAAUCAAAUGUGCAUGUUGAAUUGAUGGAUCUUGAUGGGGCAGGCACGUCAGAGAGUGUUGAUGGAAAUGCUCAAAACAACGUUUCUCCAAAAUCAAGUUCGUGUGGUAGUUCGUUGUCCACAUCAAAGGACACUGCCCAUGAAAGUUGGCAAAUUCAACGAAAGAAACUUCGUAAAGUUGUGGUUAAGAGGGAUAAGAAAGCACGGAAAAAGGAAGAGAACUUUGAAAGAGCUCUUUUGAUUGUUAAUACUAGGACAAGAGCAGAUGUUGCGUGGCAAGAUGGAUCUGUACAACAGGGAAUAGACUCCGCAUUGUUGAUUCCAAUUGAAAGCCCAGGUGAUCACGACUUUGUUGCUGAACAAUAUGUGGUAGAGAAAGCUGCUGAUGAUGGUGAAGAGACCUCUGAAGUAAGACGCAUGGGGGUUGUCAAAAGUGUUGAUGCUAAGGAGAAAACAGCUUGUGUGAAAUGGUUAAAACAGGUUGCUCGACCAGAAGAACCUCGGGAAUUUGAGAACGAAGAAGUUGUCAGUGUUUAUGAACUUGAAGGCCAUCCUGAUUUUGAUUAUUGUUAUGGGGAUGUAGUUGUUCGCUUAUCCCCAGUUUUCAUGGGAGUGGAGGCGGUGUCUUCUGACCCUAGAGAGUCCGAAACACUUGCUAACGAUAAAGAAGGCAAUGCACCUGAUGAGACAGCUAGUAAUGAACUCACAAAUCUAUCCUGGGUUGGAAAUAUCACUGGCCUAAAAAAUGGUGAUAUUGAAGUAACGUGGGCUGAUGGAAUGAUUUCUACGGUUGGCCCUCAAGCGGUGUAUGUUGUUGGUCGAGACGACGAUGAAUCUAUUGGUGCUGGGAGUGAAAUUGGGGAUGAUGCUGCUAGCUGGGAAACAGUGGAGGAUGAUGAUAGGGAUGCCCUUGAUGAUUCACAGAAGGAACCAUCUCCCGAAGGCAAUCCUGAUGCAGGACACGAUAUUGUAGUUGCAGAACAAGGUUCGGGAAUUAAUGGACCAUUGGCUUUUCCUCUUGCCGCUAUUGGGUUUGUUACCAGAUUUGCAUCUGGUAUAUUCUCUAGGGGACGCAGUGAUGUGGAUUCAUUUAGCUCAGACGGCUCUGUGGAUACCAGCGUGCAACCAGAGGACAAAAUACAUGUAUCUGAUGAAAGAGCAUCUAGCAAUGUUUCUGACUCUCAAGAUCCUUGUGUUAUUGACGUUGGCAGUGGACAAACUAGUCCGAAUAAAGGCGAGGAAUCUGCUGAAGUUGAGUCUGCAGAAUUGUCAGAUAUGGCUGAAGCCUCGGGAAAUCUAACGCACGAUGAACAAUAUGCUGCACUUGGCACGGAUGGAAAUGCCUGCGGUUUUAAGCGCUUUGAUACUGCCAAAGAUCCGUUGGAUCAUUUUUUCCUUGGUGCCAACGUACAGAGCAACAGUGAAAGAAAGUGGCUCAAGAAGGUGCAGCGAGAUUGGAAUAUUCUUCAGAACAACCUUCCAGAGGGUAUUUAUGUACGAGUAUACGAGGACCGAAUGGAUCUGCUAAGAGCAGUGAUUGUUGGGGCAUAUGGAACACCCUACCAAGAUGGUCUCUUCUUCUUUGAUUUUCACCUUCCUCCAGAGUAUCCGGAUGUUCCACCGUCUGCUCAUUAUCAUUCUGGUGGCUGGCGCUUAAACCCCAAUCUAUACGAAGAAGGCAAGGUGUGCCUUAGUCUGCUGAAUACCUGGACAGGAAGAGGAAACGAAGUCUGGGAUCCCCAAUCCUCAAGCAUCCUUCAAGUUUUGGUUUCACUCCAAGGAUUAGUUUUGAACUCGAAGCCAUAUUUUAAUGAAGCUGGAUAUGAUAAGCAAAUUGGGACAGCUGAAGGGGAGAAGAACUCAUUAUCCUACAAUGAGAAUACCUUUUUGCUUAAUUGCAAAACAAUAAUGUAUCUUAUACGGAAGCCUCCGAAGGAUUUUGAAGAACUCGUAGAAGAACAUUUCGGGCAGCGUGGGUAUUAUAUCCUGAAAGCCUGUGACACAUACAUGAAAGGUUAUUUGAUUGGUUCUCUAGCAAAAGAUGGUUCAAUGACGGAAAAGACUGAAGCUAAUGCCACAUCUGUUGGUUUCAAGCUGAUGCUGGCUAAGAUUGUGCCCAAGCUUAUCUCAAGUUUGAAUGAAAUAGGAGCUGAUUGUGAUGAGUUCAAACACCUACUACAGUCGUCAUAGUUGCAUUUAAAGAUUCCAUACUGUCAAAUGUUAAAUCCUGCUAACAGCUCGAGUUUUUUUGGAGCAAAUCUACGAGUCAAUUCGUGUGAGUUCUUCAAAAUGUGCAGGAUUAAAUUCUGAAGGUCUCGUGCUAACUUUUGCCUAACGACAUACCUUGAUUCUUUUGUUUUGGAAAAACAGGGAGAUGGGUAGAAUCACUUGUCUCUUUUGCUUAUUGGUUAGAAUUCACAAAUGCCCAGCGCUUCGUUGAAUUAAAAAAGCAUCCUAAAACCCUAUUUCUUUUUGUUUUGUUAAGGGGUGGAUCAUACCUUUUAUUUUAUUUUAAUUUUAAUACUGUUAAUAAACUUGGAAAGCAGUUUGCCAAAGAAGUGUUCUGUUUCUGUGUGUUGAACUUGCUCGAUGUUGUACUGGAAAACCAAAAACAGUGACAAGAAGCAGAAGAGCUAAAAUUUGUGUAUACCACUGAAAGCUUGCCGGUGCAGACUUUAUGCGGGAUCUUACAAAUUUUAUCAUGUAUUCGGACGCUCAAUGUUGUAAAACCAGCUCAUUUUAUCUUAAUUGAAAAACUUAGCUACUUCAAAUUUUUCCUUU